UACAAUCUUCGUCUUGUCUUUUUCUCUUUCUCUAAUUGUUUCAUUUCCCUUUUUGAUUCAGAUUGGGGCUAUAUUUCGAAGAAAUGGUUAUCUAUUUUCUAAGGUCACUACUGCAUAAUAUACUCCAAUGCUACCUCACUGACUCAGCAGAGGAGUCCUGUACCAAGUAAAAACGGCCUUGAGCAAAGGCUUAUGAAGUGGAAGUCUCUUCCUGUUCACUUCAUCAAAGGGUUUCCAAGCAAACCCAGACCAUUAUUGGGUUCUCUUCAGUUCAAUUCCUCAUUAUGCGCUCUGAAGAUCAUUGAAGAACACCCAACAGUUGGUAAGGCUUCAGAAGAUAUGGCAGUUCCUGGUCUUUUGGUUCCUAUUAGCCCAUCAUCAAGUUCGCUUCUUCAGUUUGCUAGAAGUCCUCAAAGAAGAGGCAGAUCAUUAGUGCAUUCUAGUAAAAGAAAUCUGUCAAUUCCAGGUGCUCUCGGAAUUGUUGAAACAGAAUCAGUAAGGGGAGCUGGGUCCCCUAAGAAAAAAGUCGUGGUUUCAGAUUGUGAGCAGAUGCUGAGAAGGUAUUCUGGGUUGCUGCAGAUUUGUGCUUCAAAAGGGUUUCUUAUUGAUGGAAUGGCAGUUCAUGGGCACUUGUUCAAGAUUGGUGUAGACCCGGAUUCCCACUUGUGGAAUUCCUUGGUGAACAUGUAUGCAAAAUGUGGGAGCCUGCAAAAUGCUCGUCAGAUACUUGAAGAAAUGCCUGAGAGAGAUGUUGUGUCUUGGACUGCACUGAUUGCGGGGUAUGUUGCGCAUGGUGAUGGUUGUGAAGGUGUGGGUUUGUUCUCAGAGAUGCGAAAAGAGGGUGUUCGUCCCAAUGCAUUUGCCUUUGCUACUGGUUUGAAAGCUUGUUCGAUGUGUUUCGCUUUAGAUUUGGGGAACCAGGUGCAUGGGGAAGUAAUAAAAGUUGGAAUUUUUUCAGAUAUAUUUGUUGGGUCUGCUCUCGUUGACCUUUAUGCAAAAUGUGGUGAGAUGGAACUAGCAAGAAAAGUUUUCCUCUGGAUGCCUGAGUGGAACUCUGUUUCAUGGAAUGCAUUGCUUAGCGGUUAUGCUCGGAUGGGUGAUGGAGAAGAGGUUUUGAAGCUGUUUCAAAAAAUGACGGAAUCAGAAUCGAGGCUCAGCAGUUUCACUUUGUCCACAGUUCUCAAGGUUUGUGCAACCACAGAAAAUGCAAGAAAAGGCAAGGCAGUUCAUUCCUUGGGAAUCAAGAUUGGGUCUGAUAAUGAUUGGUUUCUAACUAGUUGUCUAGUUGAUAUGUACUCCAAGUGUGGGCUGGCAGAGGAUGCUUACAAGGUCUUUGUUAGGAUUAAAGAUCCUGAUGUGGUGGCAUGGAGCGCAAUGAUUUCUUGUUUCAAUCAACAAGGAUACAACUAUGAAGCAGCGGAGUUAUUUGGUGACAUGGCUCAUUCUGGUGUUAAGCCAAACCAAUUUACACUGGCUAGCCUCAUUAGCAUUGCCACUGAUCUUGGCUAUUUGCAAUAUGGCAAAAGCAUCCAUGCUAGCAUAUGGAAAUUUGGAUAUGAGCUUGAUAAUUUAAUAUGCAAUGCUCUAGUGACAAUGUACAUGAGAAAUGGGUCUGUUGAAGAUGGUUAUAGGGUGUUUGAGGCUAUGACAGAUUGGGAUCUAGUUUCUUGGAAUGCACUUCUAUCCGGAUUCCAUGAUGGUAUUGAUUUUGAUCAGGGACCAACAUUAUUUAAGCAGAUGUUCAUCGAAGGUUUUAAGCCAAAUAUGUACACUUUUAUUAGCAUACUAAGGUCUUGCACUAGCUUGUCUAAUGUAGGCUUUGGGCAGCAAGUACAUGGCCAUAUCAUUAAGAACAGCCUCUGUGGUGAUGAUUUUGUGGGAACAGCUCUUGUUGACAUGUAUGCCAAAAGUGGAUGCUUGGAGAAUGCUCAAUUGGUUUUCAAAAGGAUGAAACAGAGAGAUCUCUUCACCUGGACAGUGAUAAUCACCAGGUGUGCACAGACUGACCAAGGGGAGAAGGCCAUUAAGAUCUUUCGCCAAAUGCAGAGGGAAGGUGUUUGCCCCAAUGAGUUUACAUUUGCAAGCUGUUUGAGAGGCUGUUCCAGCAUAGCAGCUCUAGAAAACGGCCGGCAGCUCCAUUCCCAGAUCAUUAAAGCUGGUCAUUCAGAUGAUAUGUUUGUUUUGAGUGCACUUGUGGAUAUGUAUGGGAAAUGUGGAUGCAUAGAAGAUGCAGAAGCUUUAUUCAGUGGCUCGGCUUCACGGGAUACAGUCUCUUGGAACACAAUCAUUUGUGGUUAUGCACAACAUGGGCAUGGUGGGAAGGCUCUCGAAGCCUUUCAAAGUAUGUUAAAUGAAGGCAUCAGGCCUGAUGAAGUUACCUUCCUAGGUGUUCUUUCAGCUUGUAGUCAUGGGGGUUUAAUUAAAGAAGGGCAACUUUACUUUUCUUCAUUAAAAAAGGUUUAUGGAAUUAAUCCAACAGUUGAGCAUUAUGCUUGUAUGGCGGAUAUGCUUGGUCGGGCAGGUAAAUUUGAUGAGGUUGAAAGCUUUAUAGAGGAAAUGAAGCUCACAACUUGUGCAUUGAUUUGGCAGACAGUUCUCGGGGCUUGUAAGAUGCAUGGAAAUGUAGGACUCGGAGAAAAAGCUGCAAAGAAUCUCUUUGAGAUUGAACCAAAAACAGACUCAAGUUAUAUAUUAUUAUCCAACAUUUAUGCAUCCAAAAGAAGGUGGGAUGAUGUUGCGAUGGUUAGAGCAUUAAUGACUAGUCAAGGUGUCAAAAAGGAACCUGGGUGUAGCUGGGUAGAGGUUGAUGGUCAGGUUCAUGUGUUUUUGUCAAAAGAUGUUUCACAUCCAAAGGUCAAAGAGAUCUACAUAAAAUUGGAGGAAUUGCACCUACAACUUAGUUUGGCAGGGUAUAUUCCAAACACUAAAGAUGUUCUUCAAGAUGUUGACGAGAGAGAACAAAAAGAAAGCCUUUGUUAUCAUAGUGAAAGACUUGCAUUUGCUUUUUCCCUUUUGAAUAUGAGACCUGGAAGACCAAUCCGGAUUUUUAAGAACCUUCGUAUCUGUGGAGACUGUCAUGAUGUUUUCAAGCUCAUCUCAAACAUCACAAAUACAGCAAUUGUUAUCCGUGAUGUUAGUCGUUUCCACCACUUUCAAAGUGGUUCUUGUUCUUGUCAAGAUUACUGGUGAUCCCAUUGAGCAGGUAUCCAAAUUGAGCAUGUUUCGCAUCGAAAACUAAUGACUUUCUUGAUAUUACCUUGUGUUGUA